AUGCCUUCACCCCCCGCGGUUGUUGUUCCUCCAGCCCCGGCCGGUAAUGUUGUUGUUGCCGUUCCCCCUGCCCCGGCAGGAUUUGUGGGUGCUGUAGUCCCGCGGGGUGCUUGGGAUCGCCUAGCGGCCCCCCCGCGAGAUCAACAAUGGUGGUCCCAGACCACCUUCACCCUGUUACCCCCAGCCGCCUUCUUCGCUGGGACUUCGCGGGCCAACCCGGUGGCCCUCCCAGGCGUUCCACCCCAUACGGGGGCACAAGCUUUGUCCGCCCGCGAAAGGGCAUGGUGUCGCGGGCCUAUCCAAAGGCCCGUGCUCAUUGCUGGUUUGGACAAUCCAAACCAGUUGGCUGUUCGCGCCCAGCUCCGCGAGGGGAUCCUCGUGACUAGAGCUGGGGCCCAGCCACCACCAGGACAGGAGUGCUCUGCCUGCAAGAGAGCUCAGCAAGGCUAUGGCAACAUAGUCUUCGCAGAGUGCAUCUCCGCGGGCAUGGGUCAAAGAUGCGCAGUAAGGAAUUAG